AUGUUGCUCUUGCUAGUACCACUGGCGUUCCUCGCGGCCCACGCGGUCAUGCAGAACUGUACGGGCUCCUGUGAAGACAAAGACUCCUUAUCCUGGCUCCAGAGCCGGCACUUGCGUGAGACUAUGGGCUCCAGCAAGGCAUGCGACUGUGUUUACAUCAUCCAGUCCGGAGACACCUGCUGGGCGAUUGCCAAGGACUACUUUGGAGUGGAAUACCCGGCGGUUCAGGUGAUAAGCACAGGAGAGACUUGCCCGAAAGCCGAGCUCUUUGUGGGCAGCGAAGUCUGCGUCACUGGGCCUACCAAAGGCAAGGAGAAGUGCGAGGGCGGCCCAGAACCCGGUCCCAAGUGCAUCUACAUCGUGCAGAAGGGCGACACAUGCUGGACAAUGGCCAAGGAUUACUUCGAUGUUCCCUACUCCUCGAUCACGGACAUGCGGUCCGGCGAAAAAUGCCCCUGCGAGCUCUGGGAGGGAGACGAGAUGCAGAUUGAGAAUCCGGAUCCUCUUCCCUCCGCCAGCAUUCUGAAGCGCGUGACGAAGGUGAUCAUGGCCUUUGUGGGGUCCUAUGCCUAUACCAAAGAAUCGGAUUGGAAACUGUACAAGUGUGAGUCCCAGUGCACCUUCCCCACCAGAUGGCCGCUAAUGGAGAUGGGCCAGGAGUGGGCCAGGAAGAUGAAGGCCGUGAACGCCAACCUCGAGGUGACGAUCUCCUUUGGUGGCUGGAACCAGGGGCCCGGCGAUCAGGACUUGAAUUGCUACGAGAUUUCCGGCUGCUACGCCGACGUCUCACACUUGGCCGACGAGCUGGCGCAGCUAAAUGGUGAGGCCAUUGAUGGUAUUGACCUGGACUACGAGAUGUCUGAGGACCCAGACCUGGCGUCCGGCAAGGGGGUGACUUUCCUGGGCCUGCUGAGCCAAGCGCUACAAGAGCGUGGAGUUCACGUCUCUCAGGCGCCCCAGCCGCCCUACUUCGACACUUCGGGGCCAGGUGGGGGCUCCUACACAAAGCUCCUGCAGGAUUUCCCCGGCUGCAAGAAAGACUCCAUGGCGAUUCAGUACUACAAUAACCCGAACUUCGCCAUCGGCAAGGAUGAUGAGAACAUCGCCGAGAAUUACUGGAAGGCCGUGGCGGAGAUGGGCGGGGACGCUUCGAAGGUGCUCUUGGGCUUGUGCUUCGUGGAUUGCAAUGAUGGCUACAGGGCCUACGACCCCAGCUUUCCCGGGAAGAGCCAAACCUUGGCGCCCAACCUGCUCAACACCGUGAUGUCCCAGGGCACGGGCUUCGGCGGAAUCAUGAUUUGGGCCAACCCGCAUUCGAAGCUCGGUAGGAAGAAGAGCAGCAAAUGCAAGGAUGCCAGUGGGAACCUCGACGGCUGCUAUCCUCAGAUGCCGGCGUGGCUGGACACAAUCUGCUAUUCUGUGGGAGGCACACCAGCGCCCAGACCACCACCGCCACCAGUGCCAGAAGACGGCUACAACGGGCAGUUUGUGAUCCCCGCCUCUUGGGGGUCCUCCUCCUGGAAGUACAAGGGCCCCAGUGGGCCGCUUGGCAUCUGCUUCGGCGGCGCCAGCAUCAUCGAGGAGAACACCGUUGCCGGAUGCGACCCGGGCGGAUCGACCUAUCUCGUCACGGCCGAGUUGCUGACGGAGGGCGGGCAGAAGUUCUACGACUUCGGCGGCGGCGACGCCAAGCCGACUCAGUGGUACACCGAGGAUCUCUUAGCCAAGCUGGCUGACUACAUGGACACCCUGGUCGGCAGCUACGAUGGCAUCUUGUAUGACAUUGAGACUUUCCCAGAGGACUUCAACCCAACGACCAUGAAGAGUGCCCUUGACGCCUCCUUCUCCCUCGCCAAGUCCAAAGGACUGAACAUCAUCGCCAGCACGUCGUACACGGCCCCGUACCAGCCGAACAACUAUCCUGCGGACUACCACCAGCGUGCAGAUGAUGUGUGGAAGCAUGUCCUGGCUAACCCGGACGUCGACAUCUUUUCCCCCCAGUUCUAUGGCUCGGACGGCAAGACGGCCUCGAUAGUGGAAACCUCCGGGAGCUCUGUCAAAUUCACAACGUGGGUGGACACCAUCCAAGCGUAUUCUGAGCAGUACUAUGAGAACCAGGUGGCUGCCAUGGAGCAGCAGUGCAAGAGCACCGUCCCCAAGGAGUUCUGCCAAGGUGGCUACAUCCUCUGGGGGGGUCCUUGA